GUCAGAGGGAAACAACAGCACAUGGUGCCGGGACCGUCCGACUGUCUAGAAAGCAGCCCAGCAGCGCCUCAGCAUGAGCCAGUGGAAGCAGAUCCAGCAGCUCGAGAUCAGACACCUGGAAUAUGUGGACUACCUGUAUGAUGAUUUCCCGAUGGAUAUCCGCCAGGGUCUGGCCAACUGGAUCGAGUCUCAGGACUGGGACACAGCGGCCAGCGAUGAGUCCAUGGCUGCAGUGAUGUUCACCAAUCUCCUGUCGCAGCUGGAGAGGCUGUGGUCCCAGGAGCACAAUUUCCUACAAAGACACAACCUGAAAAUCAUCAACCAGCAGCUACAGGUGAAAUACAAGGCCAACCCUGUCCUCAUGGCUCGAGUUAUCUCUACCUGUCUCAGGGAAGAGAGGCGGAUCCUUUCCAGUGCCAGCAUGCAGGAACAGGGUCCGUUGGAGAAGUCAUUGCAGAAUUCAGUGGCCUUUGAGAAGCAGAAGAACAUGGACAAUAAAGUUGCAGUCAUCAGGAGCAGCGUGCAGAUGAUGGACCAGGCUGUGAAAUGCAUUGAGGACAUGCAGGAUGAUUUUGAUUUUCGCUAUAAGACACUCCAGUCCCGGGAUCUGGCAGAGAGGAACUCUGAAGUGAUGAAGCAGGAAGUAGUAAGACUACAGGAAAUGCUCAACCUGCUUGACUUCAAGAGGAAGGAGAUCCUGACGAAGAUGAACAUUGUGAUCAAGGAGAUUGAUGACAUGAUGACCUCCCAGCUCCAACCUGAGCUGCUUGACUGGAAACACAGACAGCAGAUUGCCUCCAUAGGCGGUCCCCUGCUCACUGGCCUGGACCAGCUGCAGAACUGGUUUACUCUGACCGCCCAGAGUCUGUUCCAGAUCAAGCGGCAGCUGGACAAACUGGAGGAGUUGGUAAUGAAGGUCACAUAUGAGAGUGACCCCAUCCCCCUGCAAAAACCCCAGAUGGACGAGCAGGUGAAAUACCUCAUCUACCUCCUCAUCAAAAGCUCAUUUGUGGUGGAGAAGCAGCCGUGUAUGCCCACACAUCCCCAGAAACCCCUCAUCAUCAAGACUGGAGUACAGUUCACCACCAAAGUCAGGCUCCUGGUUAAACUUCCAGAAGUGGAUUACCAGCUGAAAGUGAAAACAACAUUUGACAAAGACCUCCCGCCUGGCAGAGUAAAUCGACAGUUUUUCAUCCUGACCAACAACACUAAAGCAAUGGACAUUGAGGACUCCUCCAACGGCUGCCUCUCAGUGGAAUUCAGACACCUGCAGCUCAAAGAGAAGAAAUAUAUCAAUGGUACAAAGGGGAAUGAGGGUCUUCUCUGUGUGACAGAAGAGCUUCAUUCUCUCAGCUUUGAGGCUUGCUUCGUCGUACAGGGCCUGACCAUUGAUCUGGAGACAUGCUCUUUGCCACUUGUGGUCAUUUCCAACGUCUGCCAGCUGCCUGGUGGUUGGGCCUCAGUCAUGUGGUACAACCUUCUGACUGAUGAGCAGAGGAACUUGGCGUUCUUUGCAAACCCACCUCGGGCGACCUGGAGUCAGCUGUCUGAGGUCCUCAGCUGGCAGUUCUCCAACUUCGUUGGACGAGGCCUCAACAGGGAGCAGCUCACCAUGCUGGGCGAGAAGCUCCUAGGUCAGCAAGCCUCCUUCAGUGAUGUUCAAGUCUCCUGGUCAAAGUUUUCUAAGGAAAAUAUUCCAGGAAAGCCCUUCAGUUUCUGGAUGUGGUUGGAAUCCAUACUGGAGCUGAUCAAGAAGCACUUGCUGCCAGUCUGGAAUGACAACUGCAUCAUGGGUUUUGUGAGUAAGGAGAUGGAGAGGGCGUUAUUGAAGGACAGAGAGCCGGGGACCUUCCUCUUACGCUUCAGUGAGAGCCACCUCGGAGGAAUCACCUUUACCUGGGUGGAGCGUGGCGACAAUGGAGAGGUAAAGUUCAAUUCUGUUGAACCAUACACCAAAAACCGGCUCACUGCGCUCCCAUUCGCUGACAUCAUCAGGAACUACAAAGUAAUCUCAGAUGGGGUAGUCCCUGAGAACCCGCUCAAGUUCCUCUACCCUGACAUCCCCAAAGAUGAGGCCUUCAGCCGACAUUACAACAGCGCUCCGAACAAAGCCCACCCAUACAUAGCAUCGACCCUGAUCCCUAUCUCUGAAAUUGAUCAAACAUUGAAAAGGCUCAAAACAACUGAAGAAAGGGACGUGGACGGCUCAGACUGCUCUAACGCCAGCCCCACGCCAUCUUCCUGCCUGUCUCCUGAGCCCCCCAUGACGCCAGGGGAGUUCGACAUGCUCCACCAGCAGAUCUGCUUUGACAUGAUGAGCUCUCCAUAGGUACAGUAAAGCAGGAUGAACCACGCAGGUUGUCCCUCUUCACCUGAUCAGCCUCCAGUGAAUGUCUAACUUGUAUUGUCUGUUGAUUUAAAAUAGUAAUAAUAAUCCAUUUUUCAG